AUGGCAAGGCUGGAAAGGAGAACUGAACUUAAAGAUGGCAGUCGUUCCGGGGAGAUUGAGAAACUGUCUGAAGAGGUUGCCAAACUGAACAGGACUGCACUAACAGUCAGCAGUCGUUCUGAGGAAAUUGCUAAGCUAUCUGGAGAGAUUGCCCGACUGAAGGAGACUGCGGGUUAUUUCGCGUUGAAAGGAACCUGCUACAAGAUCUUCAAGAUACCGAAGACAUUCAGCAAGGCGACUAGGAUCUGUGGCCAAGAUGGCGGCACCCUCGCCAUGCCCCGAGACGCUGAGACAAACGACUUGCUGCUCAACUCUCACCAAACCCGUUCCAUUAAAUGGAUCGGCCUGCACGAUCAGCGUGAGGAAGGGGAGUUUGAGUGGGUGGAUGGUUCUGCGCUUGGAAA